AUGUUUUCCACCCGCUACGAGCCUGUUCAACAUGUGCGGAGCAAGAGCUUCAGUAAGGGUCAUCGCUCUGGGAAGUCGACUUCGUCAUUCAGCAAGGAGGCCGGUAUUUCCAAGCGACGACCUGAGUCUCAAUCCGGCCGUCGUCGUGCAGGCACCAUUUCCAAUGCCAAUGCGUCUCACUCAAACUUUGACAACUCUCCCAUCUCCGCCAUUGUAACUCUCGUCGUCGGCCAGGAGCAACGCGUCUUUGCUGCCCACGAACAUGUCCUCUCCACAUCACCCUUCUUCCUCAACAUCCUUCAGAACCAGAUGUUUGACUCCCAGACGAAGAAGAUCUCCCUGCCCGACGAAGAGCCUGAGAUCUUCUCGUCUGUCCUCGAGUAUCUCUACAAGGGCGAUUACUUCCCCCGCCUCGUGCAUAACAAGAAGCGCAACUCGUGGGAGAUGGAGCAGCUGACAGAUGAGGCGCGUCAUGAUGCCACCAUCUACCACCAUACUGUUGACGGCGAGCUUCUCAAGGACACGGUCAUCUACUGCGCGGCGGAGAAGUAUGGCUUAGACGAGCUGAAGAGGGUGUCGUUGAGAAAGCAAGGUCUUCAAUCCGGUAUUCAAGCGAGCAUCAUUCUCUCCUCGGCCCGCUACGCCUACGCCCACACUCCUGACACCGACUCCAAGCUCCGCGCCCAUUAUCUCGCCCUCAUCAUCCGCUGCCGCAGCACCUUCAAGAAGAGCGGCACGAUGCAGCUUGAGAUGUUGAACGGCGGCACCCAGCUAUUCUUUGACUUGUUUGUGGCCAUGUGCAACCAUGUUGAUGACCUUUCGAGUGCUGCGAGCACCCCUCGCACACCGAGAAGCGGCGGCCGUUUUUAGGCUGCCCAUCAUGAUACUGCCUUGAUCUGCUUUGUCUGUUUUUCCUUGUCCGCGAUACCACGGUCUUGCACACCCCUCUCGACAUCGACAAAACAAAACAAAUACCCCCGACUCGAGAUGCUGUUUGUUUGACCUUUUGUUAUUGUUACACCCUCUCAUAACUUAAUGACUCAUGUGUUUUUCUUCUCUUCUUCACACCCUUUCAUUUCUUAUUACUUUUUCGGGAGGCUCUUAAUUAUGGGAUUAUUAUCACCAUAGAUUGUUCUUCAUUUUUUUGGAGUUUUUGGGUUUGCUUUUUUCUUUUGGUUGUUUUUCCCUUGACAUUCCCAAGUUAAAAACCCCAAAACAUUUGUACUAAUAUUUUCUGGGCGGGUAUUUCUCAUUCUUCUGGCAUGCUUUUGAGAAGUUUUAGCCGUAUUUGUAUUAGACGGCACACUACCAUGGGGUAGGUUGUUUUAUUUUCCCUUGUUUCCUUUGUGCCAUCAUCUCACAUUGGUUUGGAUAUCACGUCGGUCGUCAGACGAAGAGCGAACGCUGGGUUUCGGAGGAUGGAAUGAACAGGGCAGAAUGAUCAAGAUGUUCUGGACAGUGGGACAACGGGAAUAGGAAGGGGGG